AUGUACUAUGACGACGACAUGCGGUCGCGCAUGCGCCACGAAGAGUCCGAAGGCGACCUCUACAGGACCGUUGUCGAGACGCGCCAAGAGAAGCUACGCGGCCAGCUGCAAAAGGUGGCGGGCCAAAAGGCCUUUCUGCGCCACGAGAAGCGACGACUCUUGCUCCAGCGCGCCUUGCUAGAGUCCGAGAUGGAUCGGUUCCAGGCCGCGUCGACGUCCGACUGGUUCUGCCACGACGCCUUUGCUGUCGGCGGCGCCCGCCUGCGCCUCCAGGUGGGUGGCUACGACUUCGAGCUUAGCCACGUGCUGGCGAAGCGCGACCCAAAGUCCCUCCUCGCGGCCAUGGUGGCCGCCGACUCGCCGCUGCAAGCCAGUGACGUUGGUGGCUUUGCGAUCGACCGCGACGGGUUGCUGUUUCGACACGUCCUCAACUUCCUUCGAGACGGUCUCUUGCCCAACGACCCGAAGGUUCUAAGAGCACUGUACAUGGAAAGCGACUUUUGGAAACUAAGUUCGCUCAAGCUCGCUAUCGAAGAGAGCAAAAUCCAGCUCAAACCAGCACAGACCGGUGUCGACUCGGCAAAAGGCGCUGCAUCAAGCGCACUAGACAAGGGAGGUGGCGAUGCCAAGACUGCCAAGCCAAUGGCGGAGGGAGGUGCCACAGCAAAACCAUGGUGGAGCGAGCCGCCGCAGUGGUGGGGCAAGCUGCCGAGCAAGCCUGCCGAGCCAAAGAAGGAAGAGAAGCCCGAUAUGUAUUCGUGGUGGAAGGGCACCAAGUACAAGGGCAACGACUACGCCAAGUUCCUCUGCGACGAUCAUUUUGUACCGCCCAAGCAGCCGGCGCCACCGUCGGCGUCGGCCAAGAAGGAAGAGCCACCGCAGUACCCCGCACUGCGUAGUACGUGGACCUCGUACCGCCACUUGGCAUAA